UGGUAAUAUUCUGUCACAGGGUUUGUGGCACUUGUACCCAGAGUGUCAGUAAGUAUGGCACAGGUCUGCCUGAGAGACUGCAAGGCUUGGCAGGAUGCUGGGAUGACCUUUUCCACUACAAGUAAUGAAGCUUGCAAGCUGUUUGAUGCCACCUUCUUCCAGUACGUCACCUGGACAAAUGAUGCCACUAUCGGAGGAAUCGAAGGAUCUCUAUCCAGAAUCAAAGCUGCUGAUCCCAAUUUUGUGAUGGGACAUGUGCUUUCCAAUGGUUUGGAACUGGUCGGCACAGGACGUUCACCAGUAUUAGAUAAGGAGCUGCAAGAUGAUUUGAAGACCAUGUCUGAUCUGGCCAAGACACAGUCCUUGACAGAACGAGAACAGUCAUACGUAGCCGCACUUGAAACCUUUGCGAAGGGAAACCUUGUGAAGGCUACUGCACUCUGGGAAGAGAUCCUGCAGAAUCAUCCCCUGGACCUGCUGGCACUGAAAUUUGCCCAUGACGCAUACUUUUACCUCGGGCAGCAAACGCAAAUGAGAGAUUCUGUUGCCCGGGUUCUUCCGUUCUGGACUCCAAAAAACCCUCUAACUAGUUAUGUGAGAGGCAUGUACUCUUUUGGACUACUUGAAACAAAUUUUUAUGACCAAGCUUUUAAAGUGGCCAGUGAGGCGCUGGCUGUAGAACGGAAGGACGCCUGGUCUGUCCACACCAUAGCUCAUGUCCAUGAAAUGAGGGCAGAUAUAGAAAAAGGCCUUGUGUUCUUGCAGGAAACUGAGAAGAACUGGAAGGAUGGUGAUAUGCUUGCCUGCCACAAUUACUGGCACUGGGCUUUGUAUUUCAUCGAAAAGGGUGAAUAUGAGGCAGCCUUAACUUUGUUUGACAAUCAUAUCUCCCCCUCCUGUAAGACAAGUGGAAGUAUGCUGGACAUUGUUGACAAUUCAUCUCUGCUUUAUCGACUUCAGAUGGAAGGUGUAGAAGUGGGGGACAGAUGGAACAAACUUGUCCAAACUACAAAGAAGCAUACCAACGAUCACUUGCUGAUUUUCAAUGAUCUUCACUUCCUGAUGUCAUCCUUGGGCUCAAAGGAUGUUGGGAUGACAAACCAGCUGCUGGAAACAUUGAAGGAACUUUCUAAAUCACCAGGUGAAAACUAUCAACAUUCUCAUAUCAGUAAUCUCGGCCUGCCCCUGUGCCAGGCACUUGUGGAAUUUGACGCCGGCAAUUACGACAAGGUCAUAGAGCUAACGUAUCCGAUUCGCUACCAGAUUUUAGACAUAGGAGGCAGCAACGCUCAGAGAGACCUCUUCAGCCAAGUUCUCAUACAUGCAGCAAUAAACAGUGGAUCCAAGUCACAUCAGAAUUUAGCACGAUGCCUUUUACUUGAAAGAGACGCCCUGAGACCAAAUUCCCCUUUGACAGAGCGACUUAUUAGGAAGACCACCGCAGUCCACAACAUGGCAUAGAAGCCGUUCCCCCAGACUUUUCAUACAUCAGGAGCCAUUUCUAAUUACUAAGACACAAAUCAAAUAAUAAUUGGUCGGUCGUCAAAUAAAAAGCCAGCGAAGAAUGAACUGAAAUGUACA